AUGGCCUAUGACCGCUUUGUGGCGAUCUGUCACCCCCUGCACUACACGGUCAUCAUGAGUGCCCGGCUCUGUGGACUGCUGGUGCUGGUGUCCUGGGUCAUCAAUGUCCUACACUCCUUCUUGCAAACUUUAAUAGUGUUGAGAUUGUCCUUCAGCAGAGAGGUGAUAAUCCCUCACUAUUUCUGUGAACUCAAACAGUUGGUCCAACUUGCCUGUUCUGACACCUUUCCUAAUGACAUGGUGAUGUAUUUUGCAACUGUGCUGCUGGGAGAUGCUCCCUUAGCUGGUAUACUUUACUCUUACUCUAGGAUAGUUUCCUCCAUAUGUGAAAUCUCAUCAGCUCAGGGGAAGUAUAAGGCAUUUUCCACCUGUGCAUCUCACCUCUCAGUUGUUUCCUUAUUUUAUUGUACGUGCUUAAGAGUGUACCUUAGCUCUGCUGCUACCCAAAGCUCACACUUAAGUGCAAAAGCCUCAGUGAUGUACACUGUGGUCACACCCAUGCUGAACCCCUUCAUCUACAGUCUGAGGAACAAGGACAUAAAGAGGGCUCUGAAAACAUUCUUUAGGAGGACAAUGAUUAAAACACCAGUUGUUCUAAGCUGA